AUGGUUGAUGACUACUUCUUUUUUAUAUUUGUUGGAUGUAUCUUUGGUAUUUUCAUUUUGGUUAUCGUUGUACGAGCGAUUAUGCAUUGCAGACUCAAAAGCUCAAUCGUUAAAGAUAAAUACUAUGAAUCGAUUGGUAUGUUCCCUAGGAGUUCGAUUCACGAGCCUAUGCCUACACCACAACAGAACGCAAUACCAACAGGCGCAGAAUUUGUUGUAAUAGACCCUGUGCUUCCUGUUCUACCUUAUAAACCACCGACUUUCUUCAAUUCACAACAGAACCAACCAUCUACAGUCAUAGAUGUAUAUUCUCCUCCUAGUAGUCCCAUUAUUAUUGGUGAACCUUCACAAUUACAACAACAACAAAAUAACCAAAUAUCCCCACAACAACAACACAACCAUCAUCACCAACAGCAACAACAACAACAAUAUAGAAACAAUAAUAAUAAUAUGAAUAGAUCCAAUGAUUACACCUACAAUAACCAAAAAUCUUACUUUGACAAACAUAUGGAUGAUGAUAUAGACAUGGACCCUUUCAAUAAGAAUACUCAACCUUAUGGUAGAAACUUUAAUAAUAAUAAUAACAAUAAUAAUAUAAGAAACAAUAAUAAUGUGAAUAGAUCAAAUGUGAAUAGCUACUUAACCCCACAACAAAGAAUACUUAAAGGAUAUGAUGAUGAUCCUUUUGAUUUAAAUACAACUGAUGAUAACAAUAAUAAUAACAAUAAUAAUAAUAAUAAUAAUAAUAAUAAUAUGAGAAACAAUAAUAACCAAAGCCAUAUUAAUAAUAAUAGUAUGAGAAAUAAUAAUAAUAACUAUCAUAAUGGUCCUGUAAAUAACAACUACCCUCAAAGAGACAAUUCUGUUAGAACAACAACCAACAACAAUAAUAACAGCAAUAAUAAUAAUAAUGUUGGUUCAAAUAAUCUCAGAGGAAAUAACAAUAAUAAUAUAAACUAUAGAGAAAGAAAAUCGAUGAAUGAAGAAAGUAAUGAUAGCUCAACAGAUGACAGUGAAUUGAUCAAUAGACCAUUGAUAAACAGUAGUACUUUGAGAGCACAACGUCAAGCUCCAAGCCGAAUUGGAAUGCCAAACCAACCACCAAGUCCAGAUGUAAAUCAACCUUUAAACAACAGCAACAAUAAUAAUAAUAAUAUCUCUAAUGUCAACCAACCUAUUCAACAAACUACAGUCAGAAUGACCAAUUCACCCAUACCAAACACAAAUUCAAACUCUACUGGAAAUACUUUAAAUCCCACAACCACAACCACAACUACAAAUAACAACAAUAGGCAAAACAAUACUAAUAAUAACAGUAAUAACAACAAUAAUAAUAAUAAUAAUAAUAAUAAUAAUAAUAAUAACAAUGCUAGCAGGAAUAAUAUUAUGUAUAUUGAUAACUCAAAGUUUGAUGAUGACCCUAAUUUCUAG